AUGAACACUACUGCUCUUAGCCCAAAUACAACACCCCCUACAAACCCUACUGGCCAGUAUCGCCCAUAUUCCUCCAAAAAAGACCGGAUACUUGCCGUCUUGACAAAAGAUAGCCAAGCUACAGGCUGUUUUGUCGUGGUUGUUGGUCAAGAUACUGAUAAUAAAGAUGCUAUUAUAAAUAAUAAUAAUAAUACCACUUCUGAUGGCUCCCUUAAUAAUUCAUCCUUUUCAUCCUCUGGCUUCUCGGAAAUACCGAUACCCUCAUCAUCUCAAGCUAAUCCCUUACUAUACUGCCGACCUGACUGCCCAACCAUUUCUUCUCAUGUUAAUGUCGAAAACCUGAUAUUCUUUGAUACAUCUGAUCAAGCCCUUCAAGCCAAUUUCAAGGCUUGUCUAAAGUGCAACCCCGACCUUCCUGUUCAUGUCGACUCUUCUAUAGUACAGCAAACUGUCCAGACUGUUAAUGCAAAUUUCAAUAUUGAUAUUGGCGCCAUUGCUGAAGAACCACACGACUCUAAUACUCCUACCAUUAUAAAUUCUUCAGCUCCCACUCUUCCUCCUGUUGGCGAAUCUUCAUCUAAUCCUUCUGCAUCUUUUGCCUCUAUGAAAGCCGACCCUUCAAAUUAUUGCGAAGCCGCCAUCUCCUCUCCAAAUAGUUCGCCACCCUUAUCACAGAUGCAUAAAUUCAAUACAUAUGGACACUCGCGUACUCCCUCUCUUGCAGGAACCCCUCCUGAUCAAAUAGAACAAGAGUUUUGGAACUCUCGUCCAAGAAGAGCCUCUAUUGCUAAUGGUCAUAUCAGUGUUGUUGCUGCUGCUGUCGAUGAGAUUUCAAAAGCUGAAGGAAACUCCAUGGGCUUUGAAAUGCCUUCUGCCACAUCUCCAGAAUUCACUCGUAACCAAUCUAACUCUCCUAGCAUUUCUCAACAACAGCUACAACUACAACUGCAACAACAAAUACUUCAGAGCAAUCAAAUUAGACCACAGACCCAAAAUAAGCGUCGUGAUGAUCGUGUCUCUAAAGGUGAGGGUGAACAUGCGCGCCUUGUGAGUGAAGCUUGCAUGCAUAUUGCUGCUGCUGCCGCUGCCGCUGCCGCACAGGCUGCUUAUGGUCCCGAAGAGUCUGUGCCAGAGAGUAGUAGACGUCGCAACACAUCUCUUGGACCUGCACGAGCGUCUUCUCAAGAUCCUAUGCGCAGAACCUUUAAGCCACAAAGAAAGAAGCGCCGUGGUGGAAUUCUUGGAUUCAAGGAGCUUGCUGCCAAGGCAGGUUUAAGUCCAUGGCACUUUCACCGUGUCUUCCGCUCAGUCACUGGCUUGACUCCGAAAGCUUAUGGUGAUGCCUGUUGGAACACUGUGAGCAACCUCUCUCCUCAAGAUCUCCUGGAAAAUAAGCCUUUGUCUGCAUCCUCGUCCCCUGCUCAUCCAAUUAUGACUGCACAACCGCCACCUCAGCAAGAAAUGUUUUCGUCGCUCCCUCCUCAAGCAAUUAAGCCUACUGACUCAUCCAACUCGCUCCUUAACUACUCUAUGCAAUUUUCAUCCCAGAAUCAAGUUCUUCAGCCAGUUAACAAUCAUCCUCAAUCAAACUCUAUCUCACCAACCCCAACGGAUUUGUCCACACCUAGUACAAAUUUAAGUUCGGAUAGCCAGUCCACUUUAGGUACACAUCAAACAACUCCAGGAAAUAACAUGGAAAUCGAUCCUGCCUCUGUUACUAGGUCGCAUUUGCCCAUUGCCCAGGACCUGAGUCAACACGCGAAAAUAGUGCAAAACAUAAAUCAGGUGAUUGGAACUCCAAGAACUGUCCCCAAUGUUACAACAAAUAACGUUGUUGCCACAAUCCCCAUUACUGCAACUACUUCUUUUGUUACUCCCCCUUUACUUCCCACUUCUUCUGAACAUUUUAAUUAUGUUGGGAAUAGCAACAAUAACCAUAACCUCAACAACAAGCCCGUGGCCUUUCACCAAAAUCCAUUCCCGCUAGAGCAAAUUCCACAAAAACUGCAUCAGCAACCACAAUUAUCACAACUUCACCAGGAAAAGAGUGACAAUAUUCGUGAGGGCUGGUCCAUUCAUGAUCAAACUCAAUCCAGUGAUGGCGUUCACUCUGAUCUGAAACACUGGCCUCAGACCACUAAUAAUAUUAAUGAUAUCGGCACGGAUCCUCUUCAAGCUGUCCCAAUUUUGUCUGAUGUUGAUGCCAUUCUCAAAUCUUUGGAGCCUGAAAUGUACAUGAUGCAUAUUGAUAAUGGCUUGAAUAACUUUUCGCCACCACAUCAUACCCCCAUAUCGAUGUCUUUUCCUCAUCACCAGCAGCAGGGAACAAAGGAAAUUAGCCCUAUUCAGCACCAAUCUAUUGCUACUGCUAUUUCCAUUCCUCCUCCAGUUUCAUCAAUAGAUGCUACUGUUCAAUUGGAAUCGCACUCUCUUCCAAACUCUGUUCCAAUUACACAUAAUAUAUCUUUCCCAAUUGGACCAACUUCUGGUGAAAAUAUUCCAAUUGAUGCUUACAAUAUGAAUUUCCCUAUUCCUUUGGACCCAUUCCAAGGCUCUAAGAACCAUUUGCUUCAUCCUACAUCUAGCAACACUACUGUGUCUGAUGGAAAUGUCAGUCUUUCUCAUGAAAUGACAGCCCAUAAUUUUACUCAAUUGAACGAAUUUCCUGGUGUUUCUCGUCCUCAUAGUCGACUUCAGGCUGUCAAUUCUAGAUUAGAGGCACCCACUUUUGAUGAAGACCUUGAGAUUGGCACUGUAGAUGAAGCCAUGGGAAUGUUUGCUCCGACUCCGGACCGCAUUAACCAGGGAAUUUCUGAUAGUGGUACCAACACUCCUAAUAUGAUUAUGCGCAAUGGUUUGCCUUUAUCCUUUUCUGGUUUUUCUCAAAACAAUAUUGGUCGACCUGAUUUUCAAGAUAUCAAUUUUCACUACUAUCCUACUGCCGAUGGCCAAGUUGAUUUACUCCAACAACAACAACAACAGCAGCAGCAGCAGCAGCAGCAAUUACAAUCAAAAGUUACAUCUCCCACUGAUCCAAAUUUUCAUUUAUACAUGCAACAAGUUCCAACAACUCAAGCAAACUCCAACCCAGGAUUUAUUACUGAUUCCUUGGUUUCUUAA